AAGCCUUAACCAUUUUUCCAUUCCGGUAGGAGAUCGUCUUACGGUAAGUGUUCUUAUCGGGCCGUAAGACAACUUCGUAAAUUUCAUCUAAUCUAUUCAUAAAAAAUGACGUCAAAAGUAUCAAAGGAUACUCUUUACGAGUGUGUCAACGCUGUGUUGACUCAUGCGCAGGAGAAGAAGAGGAAUUUCGUUGAGACUGUCGAAAUCCAAGUCGGUCUCAAAAAUUACGAUCCUCAGAAGGACAAACGUUUCUCGGGAACUGUCAAGUUGAAGCAUAUUCCAAGGCCAAAAAUGCAAGUUUGCAUGCUUGGUGAUCAACAGCAUUGUGAUGAAGCGCAGGCUAACAAUGUGCCGUUCAUGGAUGUAGAGGCAUUGAAAAAGUUGAAUAAAAACAAAAAGUUAGUAAAGAAACUUGCCAAGAAAUACGACGCUUUUUUGGCCAGUGAAGCCCUGAUUAAGCAGAUUCCCCGUCUCCUCGGUCCUGGUCUCAACAAAGCGGGCAAGUUCCCUGGUCUACUCUCCCACCAGGAGUCCAUGAUUCAGAAAAUUGAUGAAGUCAAAGCCACCAUCAAGUUCCAAAUGAAAAAGGUAUUGUGCCUUUCCGUUGCUGUCGGCCAUGUUGGUAUGACCGCUGAUGAAUUAGUACAAAAUGUCCACCUUGCAGUUAACUUCCUUGUUUCUCUAUUGAAGAAACAUUGGCAGAACGUAAGGUCUCUCCAUGUUAAAUCAACAAUGGGGCCUCCUCAGAGAUUGUACUAAUUUCUUGCAGAAAAUAAAUCUGUUUUUACCUUAA